CCACCCAAGAGUUUCUUCUGUAUUCCUGGAACUGUUUCCCCAAACACUUGUGGACCAUUACUUCUCUAGUUAAUUAUAAGUCCAAACUUAAGACUUUUUUGUUUACAGAAACAUUUCAGGCUGCGGUUUGAUAUUUUUGAUAUUCUUUAUAUUUUUGAGAAUUCAGAUAAGGUUUCUUCACACAGUGAUGGAGACAGCGAUGCUGAAUUUACGGAACCUCUUUGACCAACUGAUGCGUCAAGCAGAAAUUCUGAAUGAAGGCAAUGAAUACCAUUUUAUCCAACUGGCCAAGAACUUUGAAGAAUUCAGGAAAAGGUGGCAAAAAAUGGAUCAUGAGGUUGCCAAAUACAAAGAUCUUCUAAUGAAAACAGAAACUGAGCGUAGCGCUCUAGAUGUAAAGCUGAAACAUGCCCGAAACCAAGUGGAUGUGGAGAUCAAGCGAAGACAGCGAGCUGAAGCUGACUGCGAGAAGCUGGAGCGACAGAUCCAGCUGAUCAGAGAGCUCCUCAUGUGUGAUUCAUCAGGCAGUAUUCAACUGAGUGAAGAACAGAAAUCAGCACUGGCUUUCCUAAACAGACCUCAAACUUCCCUUGGUGGAAAUAAAAGACUAUCAACGAUAGAUGAAUCCGGUUCAAUUUUAUCCGACAUCAGUUUUGACAAGACUGAUGAAUCGCUGGAUUGGGAUUCCACAGUAGUAAAGACUGUUAGACUGAAGAAAAGAGAGAAGAGGCGCUCAUCCAGGCAGUUUAUUGAAGGCCCUCCUGGUCCUUUAAAGAAAACUCGUUCCAUUGGCUCCACAGCAGAUCAGGGAAAUGAAUCAAUAAUUGCAAGAACAACCCUCACAGUACCCAAUGAUGGAGGCCCAAUUGAAGCAAUCUCCACUAUUGAGACUGUACCUUGCUAUGUUGGAAGCCACAAAAAGGCAGCCAUUCUACAGCCUUGGAACAGUGACUCGAGCCUAGGAAGCAGGAAGCUGGAAAGCAAAUCAGAAACAGAUGGAUCCAGUACACCUGGUAGUAUUGGGAUGAGACUUCAUGAAUUUGUAUCAAAAACGGUUAUUAAACCAGAGUCGUGUGUUCCAUGUGGCAAGCGGAUAAAGUUUGGGAAACUGUCCCUGAAGUGUCGAGACUGUCGGGUAGUGACACACCCAGAAUGCCGAGACCGCUGCCCCCUACCCUGCAUCCCUACUUUAAUAGGAACUCCUGUUAGAAUUGGAGAGGGAGCCCUUAUUGAUUUUGUAUCUCUGACUCCACCAAUGAUUCCCUCCAUUGUAGUUCAUUGUGUGAAUGAGAUUGAACAGCGAGGACUCCAUGAGACAGGUCUGUAUCGAAUUUCUGGCUGUGACCGCACAGUGAAAGACCUGAAGGAGAAGUUCCUUCGAGGGAAAACUAUGCCCCUGCUUAGCAAAGUGGAAGACAUCCAUGCCAUAUGUGGCCUCCUCAAAGACUUCCUUCGCAAUCUCAAAGAGCCUCUUCUCACCUUCCGUCUGAACAAGGCCUUCAUGGAGGCAGCAGAAAUCUUGGAUGAGGACAAUAGUGUGGCAGCCAUGUAUCAGACUGUUGGGGAGCUCCCACAGGCUAACAGGGACACUCUGGCGUUCCUCAUGCUACACCUCCAGAGAGUGGCUCAAAGCCCAGAUACCAAAAUGGACAAUUCCAACCUGGCCAAAAUCUUUGGGCCAACACUGGUUGGUCAUGCAGUUCUAGAUCCUGAUCCCAUGACACUUCUGCAAGACACAAAGAGGCAACCGAAGGUUGUGGAACGGCUAAUCUGCUUGCCCAUGGAGUAUUGGAGUCAGUUCAUGAUGGUGGAACAAGAAAACAUUGAACCAGCACACAUAAUUGAAAACUCAAAUGCCUACUCCACACCGUGUACCCCUGAUGUUAAAGUGAGUAUGUUGGGACCACUCACCACUCCAGAGCAACAAAUGGUGAAGACUCCUUCAAGUAGCUCGCUCUCACAGAAAGUCAAAUCUACGUUCAGCAGAAAUACACCCAAAUUUGCAAAUAAAAGCAAGUCCGCAACCAGUCUUGGACGUCAGGGCAACUUUUUUGAUUCUCCUGUGCUGAAAUGAAACAUGCUCCUGUUCUGAACAUCCAUUUACUGUCCUAUUAUGAAAACGACAAUAAAACUUUUGAGUUGUUCUUUCACUAUUCCCAGCAGCACUGUGUCCUAAGAUCAAAUCUGUAUGUCUGCUUUUUAACUGCAACUUAUUUGAAUUUUAAUGUGCAAUGUAAUAUAGUUCUGUUAUCACAUUUAUUGUAGGGUUAUAACUGAUAAAAUCAGCUCAGCAUAUGUUUGUAGAGAAACUGCAAGAGGUGGGCUGUUUUUGAAAAAAAAGGUUCUGUAGCUGCGAAGCUGCUGCCAUCAGCUCAAAACACCCCAUCAUUCUUUCAUUUGUAUGUUGUAGUUGUAAAGAAGGGAACACAUUUUGUACCAGUAGCAAUACUUGUUUCACAGAACAGCUAUCUUCUGGAGGGGGUUGAUUGUUGAUCCAUUGUACUGGGAAACUGUGUAUAUUGAAACUAUACUUGUACUCUUCUGGUUAGCUUAUUUUUAAUGAAACUGAUGACUUUUUAAAAAAACAUGUACAUUCAGAACUUGGUCAAGUGAAAAAUUGAAACCCACUGUCCCAUUAAUGCACACGCAAAUUUCUGUUUGAGGUUCUCUCUUGAGCAGUAGGGAACAACACCAAGUAAAUGUAAUUUUGAAUUGAGUAUCUUAACUGUAUAGCUAUUUUCAAAUCCUUCAGAAAUCUUGUCUAGAUUAUUUUAAUUAUCUCAGUGGCAGGUAUAAGCACAUACUGGUACUUGUUAACUUUGUAGCCAUAGCAAUCUCAUUUUACCCUUAUAUUUAUACCUCCCCUAAGCCUACCUGCCAGUUUUUAACAGGGCCUUCAGUGGGUAAAAGUGGAAUAGUCUGUUUGUUGACUCAUUCUUCCCACAAAGGCCUCUUUGUUUUUUUAUAAAAUGUGUUUUCCAUUUGUAUGUCUGUACACACACUGAUUUGUGGAAUGCUGAGGCAAUCAGGCUAAUAUUUGCAAAAUUUCACCUUAUCUCAACGUUUUCAUAAUGCUGCAGUGUUCACACUAUGUGAAAUUUAAGAUUUUUGUAUUUUACUCUUGCCUUCAAAUGGCCUCUUUGCUUGUACUAGUUAAUGAAGGUUACCAAAGAUGCUCAUGUGAUAUAUGCACAAAAAGUAUAUUCUUUAUAGCAGUGGAAGAUGUGAAUAAAUGAGAAGGGAAGGAGACUUUGGCCUGAAACACACAAUCCAAAAGGUGUGACUUCCAGCUGCUUUGGGGGCAUGGUAUGCAGAUGACACAGUCCCAGGAUCAGCUGGAUGUUGUUCCACGGCCUCCUAAGACAGCCCAAAGCCACUGGAAAAGCGCUCCUUGCUAGCAGCCAGCUUUCAGAGUGGGCCGUGCAACUGCUGUGGUCCCUGGCCAGUCGGGGGCUGAAUGUCCAGAGGUUGCUUCAAGCUGCUGGUCUGUUUCACCCCUCGAUCUCAGCCAAAGGACUUGAGUAAGAAAAUAGAAUCUCUGUAGUGUACACUUUUAUGAUUCAUCCAAGAUUGUUGGGGGGUUUUUUUGGCUAUUGAAUACUCUGUCAACAUGAGCAGUAAAACAUAAUUUUCUUAGUAAAUCAUUUAAUGAUGGCUAUAAACUGAAAAGAAUUUGUAGGUCAUCUUGCUUUGCGUUUUCAAUAACAUGCCAAACUAAGGUUAAUUUAAGAGCAAUUUUUUACUCAUUUUUGAGGUAUUUUCUAUUUGCAGGAGAUGGAUACAGUACCUCUUAGAAUGCUAAUCUGGGUGAAACCUUGGAUUUAUAAGCCCUCAAGAUUAAUCAAAGGCUUACUAAGUUUUGGUCCUAUUUGAGUUGCAGUUGACAGGAUAGAAAUCAAAUAAAUGGACUAGUUUUUCUCAAUGGACAAAAAUAAACAGCCAUCUAAGGAUUUGUUUUGGGAAUCUUAAUUUGUUCAAACACUCAGUUUGAGGGAGUAAAGUAUCUGAAUUUGCUGAUAACUCCAAGUUAAUUUGAAGAAUGCUAAUGCAGUCUUUCAAACAAAAUCCAAGAGCAGUUGAAAUUCACAGCAGUUUGUUUCUAGGGAUGAAAAGCUUUGGCCUUCUCAUACAAAUCAGGUGUCUGAUUAAAAAUUGUUGAGAAGCAUCAGGCAAAAACUAAUGUACUGUGGGAGUGAAAAAGGUAAUAGAAAAUGACUGAAGCUGAAACAAGUGACACUGUAUUCCAGGUAGCAGACUUUGCUGGGUGAGGGGGGCACUUUUGUGGGAAAUCCAAAAAGUGCAACUAAGAUGAUUUGUACAUUAGUGCCUCCACCUUAUCAAGGAAAAUGAAAUUAAAUUGGAAUGUUUUGCAUAUGAAUGGGGUGAUCAGUGCUUUCAGGUGAGAGUCCAUCACAUUGUCAAUGGACUUGAGUAAGAGUAGGUUUAGGUUGUAGCUGAGUACUUCAUAGAAUUAACAUUGACCCAAAAUAUGGAGCUAUAUGAAAUUUAGGGUACUGCUUUCUAGCACCACCUUGUGUACACUAAGAGCAAA